AUGGAUUUCAUCACUUCAACCUCACCACCUCCUCUCCCCACCCGCAGACCUCCUAACCAACACCGCAACAACCCUUACAAUAACACCCCAAGACAACAAACCCCCUCACCCGCCUACACGGUCAACCGCAUCCGCACACACGAAGCCCUCGACAGCCCAGACCGCAACGUCCUCCUUUACACCGUGUUCGGGAAACCAUGGCCGAACACGAGUCGCAUAGUCUGCGACGCGGAGGGUGUACCGUUGCUCGUAUUACGACGUGCGUGGUUGUCUAGCGUCCGGAAGUGGAGUGUUAGACUUCCGGAUCAGAAUCAGCGGACUGCGGAUUUACUGGUUGCUUCUAUCCCAUGGGCUGGCGAUGGGCCGGGGUCUAGAGUUGGGGUUGGGGGUGGGUUUAGGCUUGAAGUGCGGUUGGUGAAUGCGCUUGCGGUUAGGUUGGGGUCUGGGGUUAUAGGAAGUGGGAGCGGAUUGGCAAGCGAAUUGGCUGUGCCGGACGAGCCGCCGCCUUAUAGUGCUGUUUCUGGGGAAGAGCAUGAGGGGGAUGCGGGUGUGGUACAGAGAAACGAGAAAGAGAUGCAUCCACCACUGCCCAACUCACAUUCACAUCCCGCUCAGAGUCCAAUAACGUCACCACCGAGGCAUACACACCAUCUUCACUCUCACUCCAUUCUUCCCUCCUACGACUCAGUUCGCCGAGACUCACCUAAUUCCCUACGAGAUCUGCUCGAUGCAAUUGAGCCGCCGCAAGAGCCAGCGCCGGCUUCACCAUUGCCUUCAUCUUCGUCGCAGAAUGCCCAUGAAAAUUCUAGUCCCGGUCCUGGACUAGAAUAUAAUGCAGAAGCUGAUGCACCUGGCUCAAAAGUCGAGUUGAGAGUGAUGCAGCUAGCUGGGUCGGGUACUGGUGUGAUGAUGGGUAAUCAGAAGAUCAUGCAUAUCACGCGACACAAUGUGAUAGACUACAGUAAAUCCAAAGUGAAGUCGAGGCGGAGGUGGGAGGUUGAGGUUUCCGAGGGUGUGGAUCUGUUACUGGCUGUGAAUAUUGUGUUGAUUAUGGCCGAGACUGUGUCGUCUCAGAAUAAAUGGAGGUAG